CCUCUCCUCUAACUAUCAACUCCUAACAUUCUUAUCAUAAUUUUUUUUAAAAUUUAAUCUGUUAUAAAAUUCUGAUGAAAUUCAAAUUUAGUGUGCAUGAGGGUCGGGUUAGGGUUAAACUCUGUUGCCAAACACAUUUGUUCAAGCCUAACCAGAAUAGUGAUGGGUUUGAAAUUAUUAGUAAUUUUUAUCAAUGCAAGUUGUCCUGUAAUUCUCCAACGGGUGAUUUCUGUAGCAGGCCCAAAUUGCCUUCUAAUCUCAAAGAUUGGAUUUUGUGAUUUUGGUUGGUACCUUUAGAAAUUUCACAUCCACCGAAAGUCCAAACCCCAAAAGCGCUCUCUUCUUAUCAAAGCCGAAUGGGAAAAAGCAAUGGUUUGGCUUUCACUCCCAAACGAUGUGAAAAAUAGCACAGAGAAGAUCCAAAGCACAAGCUCUUCCACCAGUCACCAUCUAUCUGAAUGACCUGUUUCCAUAUGGUAAUGGCAACUAAAAUGCCAUCGUCUGUCUAUUCAGCAAAUGCUGAACUUCCAGCUCCUAGUUGUUGCGGAUCAAGAUCUCUCACUUGGGCCCUUGUCGAUUGCAUCCACAAGACUGCUUUUGGCUUUCGCAAGGGACUGCAUUCUCAGCUUCAUUUAUUUCAUGCAGCUCAACCUUCUUUUGCCAAUAAUUCCAAGAAAUUGGCCUGGUCUAUUAGGAGCAGUGCAGAUGGCAGCAGAUUGGAUCCUUCUCCUACAAAUAACAUCAACGGAGGGACCCGGCUUAAUAGGGCUAUCCAAGCUUUCCGUAUUAAAUUACUUGCAAGAAUCAAAGAGUUAAGGAGAGGUCUUCCAAUGAAAUUACUGUUUUUCUUAGUGGGCUUUUAUUGUGCAACUGCCUUCGCCACUGUUAUAGGGCAAACAGGUGAUUGGGAUAUUCUGUCCGCUGCUUUGGCCGUGGCUAUAGUGGAGGGAAUUGGGGCCCUUAUGUAUAAGGCUUCUCUUCCUUUAUUCGGUAAGGCUAGGAGACUGGUCACUAUGUUCAAUUAUUGGAAGGCUGGGCUUUCUAUGGGUCUUUUCCUGGAUUCGUUUAAGUACGAAAUGGAUAACAUUAUUGGGUUGAAUAACCCCAUUGAUUUUGAAAUAGAUCUGUUCCCUAUAUUCUUGUAACAUUGUGCUCUCUAUAAUGCUAUUGAAUGAUUUGGAGGUGUACAAGCAUUAUAAGGGCUGGUCAGGACUUGUGAGGACUUUAAUGCACCCGCAGGAGCAACAUGGUACAUGUUUAAAGGCCUACAAGUAAAAGAAGGAUGCCAAAAGAAUUUGGGGAUGAGAAAGUGAGAGAAGACCUACCAAGUUAAUGGUUUUUUUUAUGGCUAUUGAAAGAGUGGAAUGACAAGCAGUUAGUCAAGUUUAUAUAAACAUGUCAGCAGUUUUUUCGUUGUCAUAGAUGCCUGCUGGCAUUGUCCGAGGCAUUUUAUAGUCGGUAUGUUAUCAUGGGUACUUUGCCAUCAGGAUCUAAUCCAAUUUGGGAUGCCAGGAGAAUAGUUACUUCAUGCUGUUCUUAAACAUGAUUCAUCUUCCUGAAACUGUUUGAUUGGUAUCGUUCCUCUUUCCAUAACUUCCUUCAACAGAUCAAGGUAUAUAGCUGCCCAACUAUUGGUAAUCAAACUCAAGGAAGGGUGACUAUAUAUAUUGUGAGCAUCUUGCUUAAAGUGGGACUUAAUUGUGGGGAAUCAAAUGUUCAGUGUCUUUGAUAUGCCAACUUUAGAAGAUGUUAAUUCAAUAUCUAUGUUCAGUCGGAGCUUGAGAAGAUACAACAUCUCCAGCCUAUAUUAGAGUUCUCUUAGCAUUUGGUGCAAAUGUAAGGCUGCGGAUGAUGGUGCCAUCUAUAGAUUAUCCUACAUUUCCAUCUGCGGUUCAACCCAACAAAACCCUUUUCUCAACUAUUUAGAGUCGGCAUAUCAGAUUUCCUUCUCUCCCAAAAGAAUGCCAGAAUUACUACUGCUGCUUUGAUUUCUAUUUUCCAGCAAACAGGCUUCUGGAAGGAAUUAUUGUCGGUUUACGGAGCAACUGUAUGAUUCAGUUUUCUCCAUUGUCACAUCUCAGUAUGAUUCAGUUAUUUUCAUUGUCAGAUAUCAGUUUGUUGGUGACUCAUAUUUUUCAUUUCAAGUUUUCAAGAAUGCUUCUAUUCGUUUCUGGUUGUUUAUUUGAACUAUUUCCAGAGUUAUUAGUACAGUGGAAACUCAUUUAAAAGGCUUCA